UAUUGGUGGAUUUGUUUUAUUACCUUCUUUGAUAUUUGUUCAUGUAGCUGUCAAUCACCGCCUCUCAGGCCACUGGAGCCAAGAAGAUAGCAAGUCGAGUGAUACGUUGAUGUGUUGGAGUCAAGGGAUACUGCUGUAAGCUGUUUGGUAAAUCAGUACGGGCGUGUGAAGACUUCAGGCAAUUUUAUACUUUUAUUGAAUAUAGUCUACCCCUGCGGUUGGGUAGCUGAUUUAGACUUGACGUUAUGAAUGAAAAAACCUCGUUCUUAUUCAGGAUCAUAUGUUGAGAAAACAGAGCCCAGGAAAAAGAAGCGACAGUUUCGGACGGAGUCUGGACCGGGAGGACGAAGCGCCUAGCUAGCAACUCUCAGCUUUACUGGAGGGAUACACACACCUUACGUGACAUCGUUAACAAAUAGGACACGGAACACGGGGUAAUCUGACCAAGGAUAACCUUUACAACCUCCUGGUUUCGAGCAGAAGAUAAGUUGGUUGGCUUGUAGCGAAGAUAACACUUGACUGUGGCGAAAUUGGCCAAUACUAUCACCUCAAAAAAAGAAGAAAACAAAACAAACGUCCAGUGUUUUGAGGAUGAACCACUUAUCCUUCAGCGAGCUAUGCUGUCUGUUCUGCUGUCCGCCGUGCCCUAGCAAGAUCGCCUCCAAGUUGGCCUUCCUGCCCCCAGAGCCCACCUACAGCCUCAUGUGUGACGAGAGUGGCAGCAGAUGGACGCUGCACCUCUCCGAGCGUGCUGACUGGCAGUACUCUGCCCGUGAGAAGGAUGCCAUUGAGUGUUUCAUGACACGCACCUCUAGAGGGAACCGCAUUGCCUGCAUGUUUGUUCGCUGCUCACCCAAUGCUCGUUACACGCUAUUAUUCUCCCACGGAAACGCAGUGGACUUGGGCCAGAUGAGCAGCUUCUACAUUGGUCUGGGUUCACGGAUCAACUGCAACGUCUUCUCCUACGACUACUCGGGUUACGGGGUGAGUUCUGGGAAACCCUCAGAGAAGAACCUGUAUGCUGACGUAGAUGCUGCCUGGCAGGCACUCCGGUCAAGGUAUGGCAUCCGACCAGAGAACGUGAUCGUGUAUGGACAGAGCAUUGGCACCGUACCCUCUGUGGACCUGGCUUCCCGCUAUGAGAGCGCUGCAGUCAUCCUCCACUCCCCGCUCACCUCUGGCAUGAGAGUGGCCUUCCCCGACACCAAGAAGACCUACUGCUUUGACGCCUUCCCAAAUAUUGACAAGAUUGCCAAGGUAACGUCGCCAGUACUGGUGAUACACGGUACGGAGGACGAGGUCAUUGACUUCUCCCAUGGCCUGGCGCUGUAUGAACGCUGUCAGCGCCCAGUGGAGCCACUCUGGGUGGAAGGAGCAGGACACAAUGAUGUGGAGCUUUAUGGACAGUACCUGGAGAGACUCAAACAGUUUGUUGCACAUGAGCUGGUUAACUUGUAGUAGAGCUUGAACUAAGGUUGGAGAGGGAAGAAGAGAAGAAGCACUGGUGUUCAGGAGGGGUUGGAUGAAGGACAAAGGGUACCACUUUUAUUUCUUGUGAAGUAAUGCGGGUAGAAGUGUUUGUUUGUGUGUUACUGACUUCUCUUAUUAUGAAACACCUCUCCUCCUUGAAGCUCCAGGUUGCCCGGACUCAGGGCCUGCCUGUAGCAUCCACACCACAUGCUGCAGCUGUGCAAUUACAAGUAUUUGGUCUCGCUUGUAGAUUUUCUUUAUAUAACAUUGGAAAUUGCACAUUGUGAAAGUGUGUGAAUGAAAGAGGAAGUAGAUGUUUACAGUGCACAGACAACAUACGUGUACGUGCAGUAUAUGAGUGUGUGUGUGUGUGUGUGUGUGCGCCUGUGUCACAUUUUUGUUGCCUUUUGAGAAGGACAUGGUCCAUGGCUCUUGAGAGACUUCUGGUCAGCUCUUGAAGGCUUUUGAGUUUCUGAGAAACAACCUUGCUACAAACUGAAGUGGACCAGGCUCUCUCUAACCCAGCUCAACUCCAUCUGACUGUGAGGACAGGUUUGGUCCCACACACUGCUGUCAUCAUGAUUUUCUUUUUUCUGGAUUACUCUUUAUUACAUUUUUUUAUAUUAUACAUGGUGUUUGCACAUAUUAGCUGUCAAAGAAGAAAUGGACAGGCCAAACUGGCACUAUCCAACUGUGCCAGUGUAGCCAAACGUUUAUUACAAGACACUGCAGAGCAGACUUAGACACACAAAGAAGUGUACUUUGUACAAAUGACAUCCCUGUUAGAAACACCUCCAAAGUUCUGAUAGCUGUAUUCAGUCCCUACUUCUCUGUUUAAUCAUGCAGUGGAACCAUCUGCAGCUCAUGUAGCCAGUUAAAAGGCUUGGGCUGUGUAUCCUUGACCAAUAAAGUGCAGGUUAUUUUCUAACACAGUCUUUUGAAAGCAUUUUCACAGUUCCUAGUUUAGUAUUGCUGCUGUAAUACCGGUAUCACUACACGGCAGUCGGUGAACUUGAUGUGCUGGACAGUUUUGGGAUGAAACAUUUGAAUCUUCUUUGGAAAUAAGUAUUUGCCUUGUUAGAAUAACUAUUGUGAAGCCCAUUGUUGACAGUGUUUCUGUCUUUGGGUCUGAAGAUACCAUGUUAAAUAAUGUAUGUAGUUAAUAUUAGAGAUCCUUCUUAAGUACCUCGAUCGGAUCUUCCUAGAUGAAUCUUUUUAUAUGAUAAAAAUGUAACUACUGUGGCAGCAGCUGCAGUCUGUGCUGUGGUCAAGAUGUGCACCACUAAUGCCAAUCAGAAUUGAACAGUGAACACUUAACGGCUGGUGUUGAUUCAUUUUCACUUCAGGAUAAGUUAAAAAUGACAAUAUUGCAUUUUAAGUUACAGAGAAACAUUUACUUGAGUACAUUUGAGCUGAAAAUGUAUGGUCACACUAUGUGUACCGUAUUAUGUCAGUGUAUGCGGCUCAGCAUUAAAUGAUGGGCAGUG